UAGAGAUAACGGGGCGCUGACUGAGGCUAAAACUUUUUAUACUGACAUGUUAGAGCAAUGACUUUUGCGUAAUAGUAAACCUGGGACUACGAUCCCAGCGAGAAGACAGGGUCUGUGGGGAAAGAACAAUAACCAGACUAUUUUGGAGUAGGGAACGCAAGACGGCUAAUUCAGUAAGCUAAACUUUGAGCAAGCCAGCGAAGCUGAGUUAUCCAAACGAAACGGUGGAAGAGCAAGUUUAUCCUUUUAAAGAUGAGCUUGUUGUCUGCCAUUGACACCAGCGCCUCAGUGUAUCAGCCUGCUCAGCUUCUGAACUGGGUUUAUCUGUCUCUACAAGACACCCAUCAGACCAGUGCAUUUGAUGCCUUCAGACCCGAACCCAACUCUUCGCAUCCGGACCCCUACAGCAAGCCUCCCGCUGCUGACCUGAGCUCGUCUCUAAAUUCCAACUAUCUCAACAACUUCUUUCAGCUCCAGAGGAAUGAGGCCUUAAAUAGCAACUUAUACAAAAACGUCUCCCCCUAUGGAUCCCUCAACAACAUUGUGGACGGGCUGAACUCCUUGACGGACCACUUCUCUGACCUCUCGCUCUCCUCUGAGCCACGCAAACCUAGCAAGAGACCCCCGCCCAACUACCUGUGCCACCUCUGCUUCAACAAGGGACACUACAUCAAAGACUGCCCCCAGGCCCGGCCCAAAGGGGAAGGUCUGACUCCGUACCAGGGGAAGAAGCGCUGCUUCGGAGAGUACAAGUGCCCCAAGUGCAAGAGAAAGUGGAUGAGUGGGAACUCGUGGGCCAACAUGGGACAAGAAUGUAUCAAGUGCCACAUCAACGUGUACCCUCACAAGCAGCGACCUCUGGAGAAACCUGAUGGCCUGGAUGUUUCGGACCAGAGCAAGGAGCAUCCCCAGCACCUGUGUGAGAAAUGUAAAGUCCUGGGCUACUACUGCCGCCGCGUGCAAUAACCCACUCAGCAGACCACCUGCCCGCCCCCACCCACCCACCAGUGAGACGUCCCCUUGUCCAGCUCCUGCCCCCUCCCUUCCCCUCAAAGUGCUCUUAGCAGAAGUGAAACGUGCCAAAAUAUGCCUUUUUUUGCCAAUUCUGUCCAGUGCCACCAUGGCCACAAAUAGCGUUUAUUUUCUCUGAAUUUGUGUGUAAUGAAUUAUUGAGGGUGUUUUUCUUGAUCACUGACAGUAUUGCUUCCCACAAGGGACACAGUGGAUUACCUCACCACUGGGUCUGUUGAUUCUUAUUGUGUUUACAGAGAUCGGUGUUCAUUGUCCCCGCCAAGUGAACAAAGCAGGUGUGCUGGGGGAUGCUAGCUUGUAUUAUUUGGUCAAAUCAGCGAGGCCCUUGCAGUCUUGUGAGGCUUUUUGGGUCUACAGCACAUCAUAUUAACUGUGAAUUAACAGAGGGAUAAUGGACUGUUCAUCCCUGGCUUUUUGUGUCGCAUAUUUAUUUUGUUAUCUUUAUGACAGUGCAAUUGAAUCAAUCUAACUGGGACAUUUAUACUGUUGUGUAACCCCUUCCACUUGCUAUUAGAAACUACUGUAGAAUAGGAUUGUCUCGUUUCCCAUUAGCAGUCAGGUUCUUUAUGGUUGAUGUACGGUUUAUAUAUUUAUGGAUGCUACAUACCUUAUACAUUUACCUUUGAAAAAAUUGCAUUGCUCACACGCUUUUACUCGCUCACUGAUGCGUAUGAAGAAUCUUAAUCAUGACAGAAGCUUCUGUGCAAUACCGUUAUGCAAUGAUUACAGUGGAGAUAGAACGGAAUCAAUUCCAUUCGAGUCCAAUGUUUACCGUGGAUAGCAAAAGUCUGUGUUCAAAAUUGCCACAAUGCUCUUGCCUUGCUGAAACAUUAGGAGUAUAUAUUAUAUGACCAACUUUAUUUAAACCUCACAAAUAUGUAUAUAUAUUGUUGUUGGAGGAAGUCCUGUCUGAGAAUGUUUUUAAAGACUUGCCGCAGCAGGCAGAGGCAUCUAAGAGUGUUAAAAAACUGCCAUCAUGUUAAGACAUCAAACAGAGAAAAAUUUUAGUCAUGAAUAAGGGCUUAGAGAAAUCCCCCAUACGUAUCCCCUAUUACCUAUGCAAUGUGCACAUCUCUGUGUACAUGACUCUGUGCCUCAGCUGAGGAAAAUGUAGAAAUAUUAAAAGAGAUGUCUGUUAAUAGCUGAGCAGACAGGUCACUUGUGAGAUACUAGUAAAAUAAAUCAAUACGUCACAUUGUAACUUUCAGAAUAGGGUUUUGACCACAGGAUGUGAUCAUGAAAAAUGCAUAUAUGCAUAUGUAUUUCAAAGCUAAGAAACAACAAGGUAGAAAACUCUUAGUGGCAUGGGAUAUAUGCCCCACCAGGACUAACAGAGAUAGCAGCUUCAUCAUAGUUGUGAAUGUCAAGUGCCUUCAUUCUAAGUUGUAGUAGCAGGCUUUCAGACAGAUGCGGAAAUGUUAUAAAAGUGUAAACUUGCUUUAUUCGAUUGUGAUGUUAUUUUUUUUAAUAUUGGACAGCUGUUAUGAUAAAGGUUUUUGGUGUGUAGUUGAUUUAGGUGUAUCUGUGUGGAGAAAGACAUGUCAGGUGAAGGUGGGAAAGUGUAAAGUCACAAAAAAAGGACAGGGGGAAGAUAGUGAGGACUUCCAUUUAGAGAAGGAUGUGAAUGACCAGAGGACAUGUUGAAGGUGGCAGACUGUAUGUUAUGGUGAAGCUUUGGUAAAGGUUACAGGAGGUAGACUAGUCUGGUUGAAUCAGACCCAAAUUCCUUUGUGCUCCUUCGUGAGAAUCUUGGUAAAACUGAGCUGGAAGACAUAGGUGCGUGGAGCUAGAGGUAGACCACUGAAAAUGGCAAUGUUGAGCGUAGUUACAUCAAAAAGUUUGUGAAAUUUUAUAUAGUUUUAUCUUGUACAGAUAAGUCAUUGGAAAUUGUUUUGGUAAAAAGAGGGCUUUCUCUUUAAAUUGAUGUAUAUAUGGGUUAAGACACAUUUGAUUGGAAACAGAAUGUGUAUAAUGUUUUUUUUUUUUCAAACCAGGAAUGCAGUUUGUCAAUUUCUCAUACAUUGAGGUAAAUUCAGUUUGUUAUAUCAAGCAGAAAAUUUGUAUAUGAAGGGAAAUGAUCUGAGCAGUAUGUGGAUAGAUCUGAUGUCAGUUUGUUAGAACUUUGUGAACUAUGGUUGGUUAAGUCAUGUGUGAAGGAGGUUAAGAUGUGAAUUUCUAUGGGAUGAUAAUGCAAUGAUCCCAGUAGCACUGAAAGUGUAAACUAAUUCCCCUCCAAGUAGAACAUAGUCUUUGUGGCAAAUCGCACAGUAGUCUGCCAUCUGUGAAUUAGCUAAAGAAAAGUUGCCUGACAUUCUCUUAAGAAAUGAAGUAAAGUGUCUUUAAAAGGCUGAUGUCAGUAUAUCUGGUCCUGUUAUUAUCCUCGUAUGUGUACUUUGAGCUUUAGUAGUUUGCAAUGGCUGAAUUCCUCCCUCAGUCAAAAAAGCUGAGAAGAUUGUGAUGUAUAAUAUUGUAGAAGGUCUGGAGGAAUGGUCCAUCUGUGGUAUGUUACAACUAUCAGGCCGAGGCAGGAUAGGGAAAUCCCAGUCAUGUAUUUUACAGGGCUAAGAUAACUGUCCAACUGAAUAUGACAUUUUGUAUUGCUAGUGCAGUCACUCUUGAAACCUUGCCAUUCUACUUAAAACACAAGCAACUACUUUUACAUGUGUACAAGCAGAUUUUCAGCCUUCAAAGAUCUCAAAGCUGCAGUAUAAUAGAUGCAAGGUGGUUGUAGUAUCAAAGAGGCUAGAUGAAGCGACCAUCUUAGAUGAGAUGCCGGGGUGCAUGCUUUACUUAGCCGUGCCAACCGCUCAGCAGCAUGCGUCACUACCGGAAUGGAAAACAAUAUUAAGAGUGUGGAAGUGUCGGUUUUAAUCAUCCAUUGUUCAAAGACAACUUUGCUUGAAAUAAAAUAAUCUAGGAUGCAAUACUGUGAGGCACCAAUUUGGUGCAAUGAGAACAUCAAACAUGAAACUAACUGCGUUUUUUAGGCGGUGGCUUUUAGUAGAAGGGUGGUGUUUUCAGUGUGAGUUGCAUAUACGGAUAGGGCUGACAGACAACUUAUCAAGCCUGCUAUUUGUGAUGUCUUUAAUCAUUAGCAGAACUGAGUGUAGCUGUCUAAAGCUGCAGCCAAGAGGCCUCUGCCUGCAGUUUUGGGAUCAGUCAUUAAUCUCUAUCAGUAAGUACUGUCACAAAGAAGAGGUUCUGUCAGUAGUGCUGUAGAGCCUAUUGUGGACUACUUAUGAAAUCAGAGAUAGAGUAGAGGAGUAGAGAUGUCACUUGUCUGAAUCUUAGUGUGCUUCAUUUGUGUUUUUUGUAUAGUCGAGUACUUUCCUGUGAACCCAGCCAGUGCUGGCUGUUAAUGAGAGACGAGGACUGUGGCUUUAGCAUCUUGCUAUUCCUUAUCCCACCAUGUGUUUUAGGGAACUAUUAUGGAAACAUCUCACUGUGCAUCUAAAAGUUCUGGGCAAAAUAUAACAGGGUUAUCCUUUUUUGAUCAUUUUGUAAAACCAUGGACUCAUGUAGUGGUCUAGAUGUAAUUACUUUUUUAAAAAAAAGGAUGUUCUACAUCAAAAAUGGUUCUCUGUCAGGGAUGAGACAGACUUUGCUCAGAACCUCUUAAUUUUGGAGUGUAGAUCACAGAGGGGGUGGAUUUGAAGAGGUGAUGCUUAGGAGUUUGAUUUGAAAUCUCAAUGUAAGUAGAGAUACUAUAGAGUACUAUUGACGUUAUGGAAAGAGUAACACAAUAUAGCACAUGCAAAAAACAAAUUAUAAAAGUGCUUUGCAGAUGUUUGUCUUGAAUUACAUACUUCAUACUUGACUUUUAUAGCUCAUUUACAAUACAGAAUUAUUUUCUAUGAAAGAUAUGUGUAUUUUGGAAACAUUUAUAGAUGUUAUAAAAUUCUACAGCAAAAUUGAAAACAAUACAAGAGAUUUUUCUCCCUUACAAAGAUAUUUACAAUGUUUAUUUUGUGUAUAUAUUCGAUGGCCAUCUUUUUCAAGCAUAUUAUGUGUACUGAAAUGUUAUGAUGCAAUAUUGAAGCUUUCUAUGUGAAAAAAGGGCCUGUUGCUGAGAUACAAACCAAGCUGGGAGUUCUCCUUUGAUGUUUUACAAUAAUCUGAGGGUUUAUCCUACAGAAAUAUUUAUGGAAGGAUUUUUUUUUUACAAUUCUGUUUUUGUAUAAAAUAUGCAACAAAGCUACACUAAGAAGAAAAUAUUGAUGUCUACAUAGAUUAUUAUUCAGUGGGUGGUACAUAGUUAUUAUGCCCUUUCUCUAUUAUAAGCCAUUUUGUUUUUGUUUUUGAUAGAGAUAUUAUCAGUAUUAAAUAAUCUAUCACAAUAUCCUUCAAUAUAACUCUGUCAGAUUUGGUAGUAAUCUGAUACCCUACCUCUAGGGAAGAGAAUGACCAUUUCUUGAAUGAUUGAGCAAAUGUAAAAAUCCAUUUUCCUUUUCUUCUUUGUCAGAGGCUUUUAAAGAAGCUUCAACAGACAGCUCAUAGGGAAAUGGGGCUGAUACUGAUCCUUGCCAUUGUACAGUGCACCUACUAAAGCCGCUGAGUCUAGAGGAAAGAGCCUAUUUUAGCUGAUGUAGAACGAGAGACAAAGACCUGUUGUAGAGUUUGCAUGUGCAUGUGUUAUGUUAACUGAAUGAAGAAAAUCACUAUGUGCAAUGUAUACACUAUUUAAUAUUAGUUUGUCCAAGUAACUGGCAAACUUUUUUGUAGAGUACACCUUACUAAUAACUGAUUGUUACUAGUCAACAACUGCAUUAUUCACUAUAGCAGUAUACCAGUUUUUACAUAUUUACUGAAUGUACUGUGUCGAGUUCAGUUAGAAACUCAUGUUUAUGUCCAUGAUGUCUGUAACAUAUUUGAGAUCAUUGUAAUGCUCUAAUUGGAUUGGACAGAACUCAGAGAAUGGUUGGAAAACAAGGUCUGACUGGAAAAUUGAAAAGAAAAGACUGUAAAACUCUGUUGUUUCUUGUCCAUGAAAUGGCAUUCCAACAUGUGCCUUAUUGGUUUGUUAGGAAAAAUAAAAAGUUGUUAGUGCUCAAGUUGCUUUUAGUAAUUUGUUGAAUUAAAACACAGAAUACAA